AUGCCAUCAACACCACGAACCAUGUCCGCACCACUCCUCGUCCUCGCCUUCUCCGCCAUGGCCGCCGCGCAGGGCGUCUCGCUCAUCGGCUGCUACUCGUCCAUCAAGCCGCUCACAAACCAAGGCACCGACCGAUACCAGAGCUCGGGCGCCUGCUCGAAGACGUGCGCCAGGCAGAAUGCGGCGACGUUUGCGAUGUCGAGGGGCAAUUUGUGUUUCUGCGGUAAUAUGCUGCCUGCGGAGAGUACGCAGACGGAUGAUUCGGAGUGCGACACACCUUGUGUGGGAUACCCGGAUGAGAUGUGCGGUGGGCCAGACGCCUACUCAGUAUACCUCUCCGGCACCGAAGUCAACGUGCCCGUCUUCGGCUCGACCGGCGGUGACGACGGCGACGACAGCUCAGACAGCUCCGGCUCAUCUUCCAGCGCACCACCCACCACAUCCACAUCCACAUCCACAUCAACCUCCACACCACCCACCACCACAGCGACACGAACACGCCGACCCCGACCCCGACCCACAGUCGUCACCAGCGUCAACGAGGGCACCACCGUCUACGUCACCAACACCCCCACACCCCGCCCCGUAACCACCUCCUCCGCCACCCCGACCCCCGAAUCCUCCUCCCCAGAAGACAGCGGCACCAACAUCGGCGCCGUAGCCGGCGGCGUCGUCGUCGGCGUUGUCGCCAUCGCCGGCAUCGUGUUUGGAGUAUGGUUCUACCUCCGCCGCCGCAAGCAAAAGGAAGCGGAAGAAGAGUACAAGCGCACGCAAGUGGCGGAUUUCAUGCGCGGCGGCGGGAAUGGCGAGAGGAAGCCGCCGAAUACCGGGUACAGCCAUUCGAGCGAUUCGAGGCUGGAUCCCGGUGCGGGGGCGAGGAGGGAUAGUCAGGGGAGUAUUGCGGACGCGGGGGAUUAUUCGAGGAGGAUCUUGAGGGUCGCCAAUCCGGAUAACUCGUAG